CAAAACUAUAUAUAUAUAUAUUUAACAAAAAAAAAUAAAUAAAUAAAAGUAAAAUACAAAAAAGAAACUGUUAACAGAAAUUAAAAAUAAUAUUUCAACUAUUUAAAACAAAUUAAAUCAAAAUUAAUAAUUAUAUGUAUAAAAACAAAUAUAAAUAAAUAAAUAAUAAUUAAAAAUAUAUUAAUGAAUGUAUUAAAAUAAACCAAUACAAAAAACAAAUUAUAUAGAAAAGAAUAGAAAUUAUAAAAAUUUAAAUUUAAAUAUAAAAUUUAUUUUGAAUAUUGUGAAUUUAAAUUUUGAAAACGAAAAAAUUACAAAAUAAAAUUUAUUAAAGCAGAAAAAAAAAUCUCUAUUUCUAAAAUCUAUUUUAAGAACUUUAAAAUUUAAUUAUUAAUUGAAUGACUCAAUUUAUUUUAUUCAAUUUCGAAAAAUCUGAAUUGCAAACAGGUAUUCUAACAUAUUGACCCAUUUGACAAUAAACAAAGAUUCAUAAAAAAACUAAAGCAAUAUUACGUUAGACGAGAAUUAAAAUAGUUACUUAGAUACAAACAAAAUCGGAAAAAUUCAAAAUUUUAUUACGAAAAAAAAAACCAAAUAAAACCAAAAAAAAAGAGAAACCAGAAACAAAAAAAAAAAAACAUCAAAUAUGGACGACUUGAAUUAUGUAUCUUCAUUAUCGAUCACGAAUAACAGUGGCAUUUAUGAAAAUGCUAGCAUAAAAACAGAUGAUUUUUUAGCAUUAUUCACAUCGACUGCUAGCAGUAUUCCAUCCCAUCAAACUUUUAGUAGUCUAACAACUACAACUACUAAUUAUGAUAUAAAUAAAAAAACAAAUCGUUUUAUUAGUAAUUUUACAACUUCAACAGCAACAGCAAUACAUCAAUUAUUAUCAUUUCCAACACCACCAUCACCAUUAGCAUCAUCACCAUCUUUUACUUCAUCAUUAUCUGCAAUAUCAGCAGUAUCAACAUCAUCGCAUUUAACAACACCAUUAGAUGAAAUUACUGAUUUGGGAAAUUCUUUAAGUGAUAUUAAUUCAACAGUGUUACCAAAUAAUGAAACUUUAUUUCAUUUUAAUUUUAAAAAUAAUACACAAAUAUUUAAUACAAAUUAUAAUUUAAUAAAUGAUUCAAAUGUCACAACAAUACGAUUUAACGGUACUUAUCCAAGUGGAUAUACGUUAACGCACAUAAUCAUAGCAUCAAUUAUAGUUACAAUAUUAAUGAUAAUAAUAGUAGUUGGUAAUAUGUUAGUAAUAAUUGCAAUUGCAACUGAAAAAUCAUUGAAAAAUAUACAAAAUUGGUUUAUAGCAUCAUUAGCUGUAGCUGAUUUUUUCUUAGGUCUUGUUAUAAUGCCAUUUUCAUUAGCUAACGAAUUAAUGGGCUAUUGGAUAUUUGGUGAUUGGUGGUGUGAUAUACAUUCAGCAAUGGAUGUAUUAUUAUGUACAGCAUCAAUUAUGAAUUUAUGUUUAAUAUCAUUAGAUCGAUAUUGGAGUAUAACAAAAGCUGUCGAAUAUUUAAAAUCAAGAACACCAGCUAGAGCGGCUGUUAUGAUUGCAGCUGUAUGGAUUAUGUCCGGUUUAAUAUGUAUACCACCAUUAUUAGGAUGGAAAGUUAAACAACCAGAAGGGCAAGAUUUACCACAAUGUCAGUUAAGCGAAGACAUCGGUUACGUUUUAUAUUCUGCUUUAGGAUCAUUUUACAUUCCUAGUUGUAUAAUGGUAUUUGUUUAUAUUCGAAUAUAUUUCGCUGCCAAAGCACGUGCAAGAAGAGGGAUCAAGAAACAACCACGAAAAUUACCAAAUGAACAAGUUACUAGUUUUUCGAAAACUUCGGGUAAAAGUACAGUACCAAUGCCUAGCGGGUCUAGUGCAGCAGCUUAUAAACAAAAACAACAAAUAGCUACAAUAGAAACACCAACGGGAGGACAAAAUAAUGAACCACCUAAUGUACCUAUACCAGUAGUUACAUGCGAAUUAGCAUCAGAUAUAUCAACAAGUGAUCCAGCUGAAAUAGAAGUACAUCAAUAUUCAAAUAAUAAAGAAACAUUAAGACUAAGUACGAUAACAUCACAAAAUUCUCAAAAUCCAUCACUUCAUGCGAAUAUUAGUAGUCAUAAUAAUAAUAAUAGCGGUAAUUGUUGUAAUUCAACAAUAUCAGCACAAUCAUCAACAAUAACAAUAACAACAACAACAGUUGUUUUAACAUCACCAACAAAUAAAUUAGGAAACGAAUUAAAAGUAUCACCAAUACAAAGUAGAGCAAGAGCAUUAUCAUUUGGUGUCGAUACAGAUAUGGUUAGUGAAUUUGACCCAUCCAGUUCUGAUUCAGGUGUUAUUAGUCGAUGUGCUGUUGUAAAACCAUUAAAAUUUCGUUUAUGUCAACCGAUAUUUGGACGUAAAAAGAAUCAAAGAAAUGAUGAUGUAAAAGGUAUUAAAAAUAAUUAUGUUACAACAACAAAUAAAUCAAAUGAAAUCAUUUCCCCAGCAGAAUCAGAACCAGUUAUACCAAAAGUUCAAAAACCACGUGAUCCUGAAAAAGAGAAACGUCGUAUAGCUAGAAAAAAGGAAAAACGUGCAACACUUAUAUUAGGAUUAAUAAUGGGUAGUUUUAUAGCAUGUUGGUUACCAUUUUUCCUUUUAUAUAUAUUAACACCAGCUUGUUCUCAAUGUGAAAUACCACAAUCAGCAUUUGCUGUUGCAUUUUGGUUAGGUUAUAUGAAUUCAGCUCUUAAUCCUGCCAUAUAUACAAUAUUCAAUAAAGAUUUUCGAAGAGCAUUUCGUAGAAUAUUGUUUAAGUGAUGUUUGGCAUAUGUGUGCUGCUAUCAGUGCGUCAGAAAAAGUAUUGAAAAUGCUACUGAACGUGCUAUGAGCGGUGCACCAAUGGGUUAUGGUACAGCAUAUUG